CUGUGUCCCCUGCAUUGGCAGGUGGAUUCUUAACCACUGCGCCACCAGGGAAGUCCGCUCUUUCUUUUAAUGGCUGCAUGGUAUCCUAUUGCAUGGAGGUGACUUAGUGUCUGUCCCUCUUAUUUAUAAUCAUUUGCAUUAUAUCCAGUUUUAUAAGUAGUGAUGCAAUGCAUGACAUUUUACACACACAUUCUAGUAUUUCUCUAGAACAGUGGUUCUCAAUCAGGGGCAGUUUUGAACCCCAGGAGGCAUUUGUCAAUGUCUGGAGACAUUUUUGAUUGUCACAAGGGGAGCAUGGGGAUACUGGCAUCUGGUGGGUAGAGACCAGGGGUACUGCUAAACAUCCUACAGUGCUCAGGACAGCCCCCAGCUACAAAGAAUUCUUCAUUCUAAAAUGUCAUUAGUGUUGAGGUCGGCUCUAGAUAAAAAUGGAAGUAGAUUUUUGGGUUUUUUUGGCCAUACUGCAUGGCAUGCGGGAUCUUAGUUCCCCAACCAGGGAUCGAACGUGCCCCCUGCAGUGGAAGCGUGGAGACUUAACCCCUGCACCGCCAGGGAAGUCCCAGUUACUUGGUUUUUAAUCAUUUAUUCAGUCAUUGUUUUUAGAGACUUUGGGGCAUGCCAGGCACCGUGCUGGUCUCUGGAGAUACCACUGUAACAAGGCUGUCUCUACCUGUAUGGAGCCUACCUCCUGUGGGCGGGGAGGACAGCACCUUAAUAAGUGCUGUGAAUGCUAGAAAGGACAUGAGUACAUCUUCUGGAGGGCAUGCUCUUUAGCUGAGCCCUGGAAGGUGAGAGGAACCAGUCUAGGGAAGAGUGAGGCUGCAUUUCAGACAUGGGAACAGUAGGUCCAGGGAUGGGCCGGUAGAUAGGAACAUAAACAGCAUUUUCUAGGAACUGCUCAGAAGCACUGAGCCCACCCUGGCUGAAGAGACUGAACCGUGGUCCAGGGUGAGGUUGAAGAGUUGGGCCUGUAUCAUUUUGCAGCGUAACUCCGCUCCACUGCUGUGGGCGGGCCUGCGGUGUGUGCAAAGAAUGGCGAAGGGAGAUGCUGAAGGGCUCAGGGCCCUUUGGAUCAUGGCGGCUUGUUAGAGAAUCCCAGGCCCCGUUCCUGGAGUCCGUGUGUCUUCGGUUCCCCCUCUGCGCUCAGCUUGAGGCUCUGCCCUCACGCUAACGCAGCCUGGGAUUUCGCCUCAGUCAGGAGCUGGCCAUAAAACCAGGUGUCUUGGAAAGCCAGCUGAUCUCUGGAAGUGAACUGUUUCCUACCAAGCCUGCUCAUUCACUCCAUCAGCAAAUAUUAAUGAGCAGUUACUGUGGUGGGCUCUCUUCCGGGCACUGGAGUUACAGGGAUGGAUGAAUGAGACCAACGCCCUGUUUUCAUGGGCUCGAAUUCUAAUGGGGGAGAGAGACAAGAAACAAAAGUAUGGAAUCAAUGUCUGGUAUAUAAAUGCUCUAAAGAAGAAUAAAGCAGGAUAAGGAGAGAAAAGGGAUGUGGGCGCUGCUUUGGGGGGCUGGUCCGGGAGGACUGCUCUGAGGAGUGAUGUGUGAGCCGGGGCCCUAAGACCUUGCUCUGGUAUUUACUCCUGUCUCUUGCAUUUAGCCUGAAGCUGAUGGACGUUGUAUGGGCCACAGGCAGGGAUGGUGGGCUAUGACCCCAGAGCAGACGGCAGGAAUGUCUCCAAUCUCGAGGUGGCCGUGGCUGGGUCUGUGUCUGGACUUGUCACUCGGGUACUGAUCAGCCCCUUGGAUGUCAUCAAGAUCCGUUUCCAGCUUCAGAUUGAGCGCCUUUCUCGCAGUGACCCCAACGCGAAAUACCACGGGAUCCUGCAGGCUGGGAGACAGAUUUUGCAAGAGGAGGGCCCAACAGCAUUCUGGAAAGGACACAUCCCAGCCCAGCUUCUCUCCAUAGGCUAUGGAGCUGUCCAAUUUUUGUCGUUUGAAGUGCUCACCGAGCUGGUGCACAGGGCCAGCGUGCGCGACGCCCGAGACUUCUCUGUGCAUUUUGUGUGUGGCGGCCUGUCUGCCUGUGUGGCCACCCUCGCCGUACAUCCUGUGGACGUGCUACGCACCCGCUUUGCAGCGCAGGGUGAGCCCAGGGUCUAUAAAACCCUGCGAAACGCCGUGGUGACCAUGUACAGGACCGAAGGCCCCUUGGUCUUCUACAAAGGCUUGAACCCCACCUUGAUCGCCAUCUUCCCCUACGCUGGGUUCCAGUUCUCCUUCUACAGCUCCUUGAAGCACGCGUAUGAGUGGGCCAUGCCAGCCGAAGGAAAGAAAAACGGGAACUUCAAAAACCUGCUUUGUGGCAGUGGAGCUGGAGUCAUCAGCAAGACCCUCACGUAUCCCCUGGACCUCUUCAAGAAGCGGCUGCAGGUUGGAGGGUUUGAGCAGGCCCGAGCCUCCUUUGGCCAGCAAGUAUUUAUUGGGUGCUGGAACGUGCCAGGCUCUGUGUUGACAAAAGAACAGAGCUCACACCCAUGUUGCCAUCACCUCCUCUCUCCUCAACUGGAGAACCUUCCUCUCCCCAGGUGCGAAGCUACAAGGGCCUCCUGGAUUGCGCCAGGCAGGUGCUGCGAGAGGAGGGUGCACAGGGCUGCUUCAAAGGCCUGGCCCCCAGCCUGCUGAAGGCUGCCCUCUCCACCGGCUUUGUGUUCUUCUGGUACGAGCUCUUCUGUAACCUCUUCCACCACGUGAAGAAGGCAGACAGCUAGCCUCGAGGGCAGGAAGGGUGGC